ACACUCAGCAAGACACUCCUCGCCUCACUUCUACCAGAUCCAUCUCUCCCACCGGCCUCUCAUGCUCAGGCUUAGGCUCAAUGGGCCUCGAUAUACCGGACGUCUUGCUUCUGCCCGCAAUGUUGCACGGCAAGGCGCUCUCUCUGUACGGCGGUCGUAUGCAACUGAAUCACCAAAGACACCGGAUCAAAAGGAUGGCAAGAUAGAUGAAGCGCAGCAGAACAAGUCUGCAGACAAGAAGACCAUCCCAAAGGGCUUCCAGCACUUCUUUGGACAAAAGUCAGCAGCUGGCGGUGGCAACAAUAACAACCAAGGUGGCAAUGGCAACAAGAACGAUCCUCGAAAGAAGAAGGGAGAUCCCAAGGAGUUCCGUACAGAGAUCACAACGAACCAGAUCAUCACGUUUGUCAUUGCUGCGUACUUGCUGUAUACCAUCAGUGGCAGUGGUACACCAGGCAAGGAAAUCACCUGGCAAGACUUUCGCACUGCGUUCCUCGAUAAGGGACUAGUCGAGUCGUUGACGGUUGUCAAUCGCAACAGAGUUCGUGUGCAGCUCCAUCCGUCUGCAGCUGGUCAAGCAUACCCUGGCAGCGCAGCAGCUGGUGGUCUCACGUACUACUUUAGCAUUGGCUCAGUGGAUGCAUUUGAACGCAAACUCGACGAGGCGCAAUCGGAGCUUGGUAUUCCUGGCAGCCAACGCAUUCCAGUCUCCUACCACGAUGAAAUUAGUCUCACUUCGACCAUCCUCAGCUUUGCACCAACUUUGCUGUUGAUUGGCGCCAUUGUGUACAUGUCUCGACGUGCAGCAGGUGGAGCUGGCGGCGGUGGUGGUAUCUUUGGUGUUGGCAAAUCCAAGGCAAAGAUGAUUAAUGCUGAAACGGACAUCAAAACCAAGUUCAAGGAUGUUGCUGGUGCAGAUGAAGCGAAAGAGGAGAUUAUGGAAUUUGUCAAGUUCCUCAAGGAGCCUGGGAUCUAUGAGAAGCUUGGCGCCAAGAUCCCUCGAGGUGCCAUUCUUUCCGGUCCGCCAGGUACAGGAAAGACACUGCUAGCAAAAGCAACUGCUGGUGAAGCAGGCGUACCUUUCUUCAGCGUCAGUGGUUCAGAGUUCGUGGAAAUGUUUGUCGGUGUGGGUCCUUCUCGAGUGCGCGACUUGUUUGCCAAUGCGCGCAAGAAUGCACCGUGCAUCGUCUUUGUCGAUGAAAUUGACGCUAUUGGAAAGGCGCGUGGUCGUGGUGGUCAAUUUGGCAGCAACGAUGAACGUGAAUCAACACUCAACCAGCUGCUCGUGGAGAUGGAUGGAUUCGAUACAAAUGAACAUGUCGUUGUUUUGGCAGGUACUAACAGACCUGAUGUGCUGGAUCCUGCACUCAUGCGACCUGGUCGUUUCGACAGGCACAUUGCCAUCGAUAGACCCGAUGUGUCUGGGCGAGAGCAGAUUUACGCUGUGCAUUUGCGCAAGAUUGUCACACAGGAGAAUUUGGAACAACUUGGUCGCAAGCUUGCUGUCCUGACACCUGGCUUUACCGGUGCAGACAUUGCCAAUGCUUGUAACGAAGCUGCUUUGAUUGCUGCGCGUGGUCACGCAGCCUCUGUCACUUUGAAGCACUUUGAAGCUGCUAUUGAGAGAGUGACUGCCGGUCUUGAGAAGAAGUCACGCGUGCUGUCACCUGAAGAGAAGAACAUUGUCGCGCAUCACGAAGCGGGUCAUGCUGUGUGCGGUUGGUUCCUGAAGCACAAUGAUGCCAUGCUCAAGGUUUCCAUCAUUCCUCGUGCACAAGCACUCGGGUAUGCGUCGUACCUGCCAAAGGACCAGUACCUCAUGUCGAAGGGUCAGAUCCUCGACCGGAUGUCCAUGGCGCUCGCUGGUCGCGUCUCUGAAGAGAUGUUCUUUGGUGGCGAGAAAGUGACGUCUGGCGCAUCCGAUGAUUUCCAAAAAGUCACCAAGAUGGCCACUUCGUAUGUGUCAAGCUUUGGCAUGUCUGAGAAGAUUGGCACAGUUCAUUAUCCAGUGGACAAUGAAUCCUUCAACAAGCCAUACUCAGACCAGACUGCACGGUUGAUUGACGAUGAGGUACGCGAGAUUGUCAAGAAGGCAUAUCAACGGACACGCGAUACACUGGAAAUUCACAAAGACGGGCUCAUCAAAGUUGCACAAACAUUGCUGGACAAGGAAGUUCUCUCGUACAAGGAAGUCGAGGCUAUUCUUGGCCCACGCCCCGAAGGUGCCAACAAGCUUGAUUUGUCGAGCAUCUUCGCCGCUGGCACAGCGCCAUUGGUGGAAGGCAGCGAUGGAUUGGGCGGCAAGGCACAAGAGCCGCCGAAGAUGUGAUGAUCAGGCUUUCAUAGACUGUGGUCCCUCAUUCUCUCCUCUCUUUAUAGCAUUCAAGGCAUGUGUAUAUGUGGCCUGUAA